ACAAAAAAAAAUUGGACAGCAUUUAUGUCACGUGAUGUAUUUGCACAUCGUCUAAAUUGAAAGAAAAUUCGAAUUUAAAGAUAAUUCUGUUCAGUGAUAAUCACUUUAUCAAUAUAAAUAAUGAUGCAGAGUAUCAUGUACUGUUUAAUAUUUUCUUCUAUUCUAUUCUAUGUAUUUGUACGGCACCAGCACCUAGGUGGCGCUUUACGGCCUUUAAAAGAAUGUUAAUAUUUUCUUCAAAUCGAAAACAUCCAAAAAUUAUUCAGGAAUUUUUGUGCGCUUGUGCAAUACGGAGAAAUAUGGUAGAAGGGGGCAAAUAACAGUGGUAGGAGACUACAUCAUUAGAUAAUCUGGAAAAGAAUUCUAUUCACACAGUUCAAUUACAUAGAAUGAGUACAAUUAUAAAAAAUGACCGAUGCUGAAAUACAAGAAGAAGAAAGAGAAGUUUUAUUAUCUAUCUAUGAAGGUGAUACAGCUUUUAAACAACUUACUCCUACAACUUACCAAUACAAGUAUGGAGAAGAUGAUGAUCCACGAUCUUUUCUUUUGGAAAUCUGUUGGGGAGCAAAUUAUCCUACAGAAAAACCAAAAAUCAGCAUGGAGACGUUUUACAAUAAACAUAUAAUACCAUCAGUAAAAAAUAAAAUCGUUGCUCAUAUAGAAGCAGAAGCUGAACAAUGGCUAGGCUGUGCAAUGACUUAUACAUUAUUUCAAUCUGUUCAAGAAAAUUUAACUCAACUAUUAGAAGAUCAACCGGAAUCAAUAGUUGGACUCAAUGUUCAAGUUUCAAAAUUAACUAUAGGAGAUGAGAUACAAAAAGAAUCGAUGAAAAAACCAAAAAAAGAAAUUCUUACCAAGGCACAAAAAAGACGUCAGUGGAAUAAAACUGAUGGUAAAGGUGAAAAAUCCCGAGGGUGGGACUGGGUAGAUGUUAUAAAACAUUUAUCUCAAACUGGUUCUAAAUUUGAGCAAGAUACUUAGGGCUCCAAGCAGAGCAAUAGUGCAAAAAUUCAAUUUUAUAUCAUAUUUUUAUAAAAUAAUACAUAGACAUAUAUAUUUUAAAAAAUAAA